AUGUAUAUUUCUAAGAUUAUUUAUCACACAUUUUUACAAGUCAUUCAUAUGAUAAAACAGAUAUUAAAUUUUAUCUACCUCUCUAAAAAAUCAAAAUUCUCAUUCACUUCACCUUACAAAGCAAAUAAUAAAAUUAAAUUUGAAACUAAAGAAAUUCUUAGUAAAAAUUAUUCUCAAAUUUUAAAACAAAUUAAAAAUCACCCAACAAUUAAAAAUUUAUUAGAAAUAGAUAGAGAAAAUUUUAAGACAUUUGAAUUCCUUUUCCAAUUUAUCUCUGAAAAUGAUUUAAAAAAUUGUUAUGAUAAUCUUGGUCCAAUAUCAUUAUCAUAUUUUUCAAAUAAAUAA